UUCUUCAUCGCUGGAACCACGCACUUGACGACCAACCUGAACGACUACGGCACCACCACACGCGGUUUGAUAGCAUUCCCCGUUGCCCCGUGUCUCGUCUUGAAAGACCAAAUUGGACAGGUGUACGGCAACAACGGCAGCGACAGUCUAUUCGAUCCUAGAUUCGUCUUUGCCCAUUAUUAUUACACGCUCGACGACUCAAACGCAACUGGAUUGUGAUAGCGACUAGACUCUACAACAACACUUCAACUACACGACAUCCGGCGACACACACGCGCCAUCAUUCACUGCCACCAAUACAACUUGACGACGCCACCAAGCUCCCACUCGUCCCGUUGCCACGAUGUCCACCACCCGUGUCUCGAGCCGCAAGACUUCGGUCCCUUGCACUCCUCUCCCCAUUGCACCCCCCACUCCCAACUCGCCUCGUCGUCACCGUGCACGCCACAUGCACCUGCACGAACCAAUGGAAUCGGGUCUGUUUACAGUCUCCGAGGCGGACGAGGACGAGUUUGGCUCCUUUGCCGGUCCGAGCUCGCGCCAUCGCUCUUCUUGGCAGUCUGACCUCUUCUAUCCUUCGUCACCAGCAAUGUUGAGCUCGGACACCCACGACUCUCGUGAGGUCACCACCCCUUGCUCUGAGAACGACGACCCAUUCUCGCUCGACGGCAUUCACAACGGCCAGUUCGACUCGGCAGAAGACCAUGGUCACCUCCAGCUUGGCAAGUCACUGUUUACCUCGCGCUCGCCCUUCCGUGAAGGCCGUCGCCCACCACCGCUUGACCUCGACUCGUUCCUUGGCCACGCGCGCUCGCCGGCCGGUCGCUCCCCUCGUACUGCCACGACCCCGUCGACUGCGCGCCCCAUCCGCGUGUCGUCGGGCCUCGCCUCGCCUCUGCCCCGUACGCCCACUAUGGGUACCUCUGGCCUCCUCCCCGCCCUUCCCAUCCUCAGCGACGAGCAGUGGGAGGCCGCCCGCGACAGCAUGCCCUCGCCCAUCACCCCGACUACCCCCCUUACGCCCAGGACCCCCAGCGACCCGUCGUCGGGCGUCAACCUCGUCUCUGCCCUACGCGAGCUCCUUACUACCUGCGGCGAGUACGACGACCAGUUCUGCAAGGAGACGGGCAUGUUUGCCGAUGCGCCAGAGUCGCCCGUCAAGGACGCCGACCGCUUCGCCGACGCCCCGUCGCCAUGCCAGUCCCCUCGUCGCAAGGACCUCUACACGACUCCCGAAAUGUCGCCUUCCUACCGGGCCGUUCCUGGUGCUCCCUACGCCAAGGUGUCUCGUGCGAACCGUCCGGCUCCCCGUUUCACAGGCGGUAACCACACUUUCCUGCAGAGCCUUUCGGCCUCUGCGACCCCGAAUGUGUCGGCUUCAAACUCGAUGCGCUCAAUGACGAGCGUGCCUGGCUUGAGCCCGUCGUCGUCCAUGUCGUCGCUGAGGUCUUCGGACUCGGUCCAGAGCAUUUCGUCGUCGUCGUCGUCGCUCUCCGGCUCUCCCGCAUCCUUCAUUAGCACGAGCUCGAUCGACACGUCGCCAUCACCGUCCCGCACUGGCAAGGCGCCACGUGUUUCGUCGCGUCGCAACCUGCCCAUGCGUGCGAGCCUCCCUGCCAUCUGGACCGACCUCUAAAGCCCUUCGCAUCAACAACCCCGUUCUUCGCGUUUCGUUCCCACCCCUUAGACCGCGCAUAGUCGUUGCGCGCAGCAUUCCUUCGGUCGGGUUUUUCCUCGCAUUCAUCAGGUUUCUAUCACGUUUUAGUUUUCGCUUUUGUCUCCCUCUCUGUCGCGCCGGUCGCAUCGUCUUUAGCAUUUACCUAUACCCUGCGUUGUCGUGUGCACGCGCACGCGCGCAAUCCCGUCCCCCUCCAUUCAACAUGUCCCACGAAAUCUCACUAGCACGCCGGCUGUAAUCCCUCCCCCCUCCCAAAUCCAGCCGCCAGGACACUCUCCUCCACCACCCCCACGAUUUGUACGGAAGUUUCCCCUCUGCAUGUAGUAGUACCAGAUAGCAAAUGCAUAACGUUG